AUGUUGCAGGAGACCUUGUACCUGACCCUCAAGGAGGAGGCCUCCAUGGUGGAUUCGUCAUUACCUGGUCGCAGCAUUGAGGCAUUUUUGGAUGCGUGCGGUGGUGGAUACUUGUAUGAUGGACUCCGUCGGAGCCUUCGCAGCGUCUACUUGGAUGGCUACGGUCCUCUGAAGCUCCUUUCGGGUGUGUCGGUCUUGCGCCUGGACAUCCAGGUUCCAGCCCUUCCGGCGCUGCAGGAGCUCAGGGAUCGAGUCCUGGGCGGCGACUUCGAGCGAGAUGUAAACGCGUUCCUCGUCGCCGAUCCUUUGCAGAUCCAAGUGGACCAAGCCAGGUUCCUGGAAGUCUACGAGCAAAGCCUUCUCGCUUUUGGGGAGCUUGCGCCGGAGCAACGCAUGAAGUGGAAGGAGAUGAUCGGCCUGCAGGAGAUACAUCUCCGGCUCUCCUCGCCGAGCCUGGCAGCCUCCUUUCUGGACCUUCUUGAGGUGAGCCCCUCGGCUCAGGGCUUGUACGUGGCUUCGACGGAGGCCAAAGUGUUGGAUUUCGUGCAGUGCUUGGCAGAUCAGAUUCGGAAGGACUCCGGUGAUAGGGGCACCCCAGAACGGUGCAGGGCAAAGAUGAAGGACACCUUUUCCAGGCUCACACUUCUCCAUGCUCCAUAUACGACUCUUCUGCUUCCGGAGUUGCAUGGCAACUGCGUGUACACAGAGCCUGUGUUCAACGUGGACGAGACCUUUGACUUCGGCAUGUUUGAGGGAACUCCAAAUGUCCUUUCUGAGUGCUUUGAGGCGGACAGUACCUCGCUGUUGCGCAUCUUUGCAGACAGCCACUGGCUUCCGUCUGACCCAUCACACCUCGCGUCCUCGCGCGCACGCUGUCCAGGCCUUACGGAACUCAAGCUUCCCGAGCUCCCAAGCUCAAGCAGUCCAUCGAUGUUGGUAAGCCCAGACGAUGAAGAACAGCCUGUAGCAUGCUUGGGCCUUGGUGGGCCACCGGUCAAGACGUUCCUUUUCAGCUGCGACGACUGGAGUCCAGACUGCCCAUGUGGGUUCACCUGUCCUUUCCACUUGCUGGAAGAAACUCUUCAUUCAACGCCACCGAGUCCUGAUGCGACAAGAUAUGCACAGUACACCACUCACGUCCUGAGAGCUCUUCGACACGUGGUGGAGACGUUUCCUGGGAUCAGCCUUCAGCAUCGCCUAGCCUUGUUGGUGCCGGAUAAUGAGUUCUGCGACAGGUUAAAGCCGAUUCUGCAAAGGCGCCUGCGCCACCGACUUCCACAUAGGCACCUCUCCUUACUCUCUUUCGAGGAAUCCUCGCGCAAGCUGCGUUCACAGCCAAGCACUGUCUCCGCCACGACAGAGCAAGAGAGUAUCGUUCUGGAUUGCAUUGACAAUGCAGAUGGCCUGGGCAGUCUGAUGACAGUUUGUAUUGGGCUGGAUGCACCCAGAAGUGGUCAUCCUGGUGGUAUGCAGACCUCCCAACUUUACCGGGGUAUGAUGCAUGCUCAGCUUCUGGCGUACGUGGUGAAUGAACACUUGCCAGGUGGUUGGUUGCAGCUCUGGAGUGCAGACACAGGAGAUCCACUCCUUCGAAAUGAUGCGCCAAACGCUGCGGUUUCUGCUGCACUCGAGAUCCUCGCGGCGGACGGUCUGAGCUUUGAGGCACCCGCUACAGAACGAAAUUGA